AUGAAAGACGCUCGCCGGUCGCCGCUGGCCAAAGACCAUUCCGAAACUACAACAGCCAGCGACUCCCUCCCUCUAGCCCUUGUUUCGCACACUACGGCCGUUCAGGAUCAGCCUGACGCCAACCUCGACAAAACCGUUGCCCUUGAGACCCUGGCGACUACGACUGCUGCAUUGCCACACAAGUCCACCGUCGGAUCAUCCCACCAGCGGCCACCGAGCCGACAGCAGCCGGAACCCUCGUCGCCUCUCAAUGACCACGUCGAUGCCCUGACUUCCCUCUCACAACAUGCUCGCACCGUUUGGCCUACAGAGUCAAAAGCUGUAGCUGACCCUGAUUCCGGGUCUGAGCUCGAGCUCACCGACUUCGACAUGGUCAAAAAGAAGAAGUCGUUCCGCCUUGACCGGCGGCCUUUGUCGCGCCAGGACACUCCCAACUACGGCUCCGUAAACGCAUCGCCGUACCAAAGCCAGUCGCCAUCCGAAGCCGACUCCGAAGAAUAUAGGCGCCGUCCUAGCUAUGCGCGCGACACGAGUCGUAGCCAACGGUCGGCCAUCUCGCGGUCAUCCUCAAGAGUUUCGGAGGACCUCGACGGUGCUAUCCUUGUGUCUGGGGUUGAAGGCCGCUUCGGGCCCGCCGAGACGCCGCUUGUCGAUACGUUUAGCAACGGAAAACCUGAUGAGUUGGAUAUUGACGAGGAAGACACCUUUUCGGUCCAGGAUGAUGCGUCAACUAUCGACCAAGAAGACGAAAACUCUCCCCACGAAGCAGUUCGGGCCUCCGUGCCUCCGACAGACGAUACUACACUGUCAAUAAACACACCGCGAAUGUGGUGCUUGUCUGUGCUCUUCUCUAUUUUGGGCUCCUCGACCAAUCUAUUCUUUUCUCUAAGAUAUCCCAGUGUGGCCAUCACACCGGUUAUUGCCCUGCUUCUGGUCCACCCCCUCGGUUUAUUCUGGGACGUGGCUCUGAAGCGCUCCUAUGACCCCCAAGAAACAUUUGUUGAUGGUGUCCGUCAUUCAGCUAUCCCAGAUGAACACGAGCCACCGGCAAGGCGAACAAAGACUCUUCGCUCAUGGCGACAAUGGUUCGCGCAGGGCCGGUGGAACGAAAAAGAACACACUUGCGUCUAUGUGAGCAGCAACGUUGCCUUUGGCUUUGCAUUUGCGACCGACGUCAUUGUUGAACAGACGCAAUUUUAUAACCAGUCUGCUCCGAUUGCGUACCAGUUACUACUCACGAUAUCGACACAAAUCCUGGGGUACGGCUUUGCGGGUAUGGCCCGCCGAUUUCUCGUCCGUCCUAGCGGUAUGAUCUGGCCAGGCACACUGAUGUCUGCUGCCAUGUUCUCAACGCUCCACAAACAAGAGAAUAAGCCAGCUAACGGCUGGACAAUCAGUCGCUGGAACUUCUUCUACAUUGUCUGGAUAGGCGCUUUCGUGUUCUACUUCUUGCCCGGACUCUUGAUGCCAGCGCUCAGUUACUUCAGUGUCAUUACCUGGUUUGCCCCCAAGAACGUUGUCAUUGCGAACCUCUUUGGUGUCACCUCCGGCCUAGGGCUGUUCCCUAUGACUUUCGAUUGGGCCCAAAUUACGUACGUCGGUUCACCCUUGCUCGUGCCCUUCUGGGCGGCCGUCAAUGUGGUAGCUGGCCUCGUUGUUGUCAUGUGGUUCAUUGCACCGCUGUGCUACUAUGCCAACGUUCUGUACUCGUCAUAUAUGCCGAUUCUAUCAACUGCUGUUUUUGACAAUACAGGCAAAGUCUAUGAUGUCAGCAGAAUUCUUACACCCGACUUCUUGUUCGACCGCGAAGCGUAUCGAAACUACAGCCGAGUCUUCCUGCCCGUGACGUACAUGCUGAGCUAUGGCGUGCAGUUUGCUGGUCUUGCAGCACUGCUUACACACACGCUGUGCUGGCAUGGUAGCGAUAUCUGGCAUACGUGGAAACGCGCACUCGCCGAAGCACGUGAAGAGAGCAAAGCCACCUACGAACCUCUCUCUGACACACCGACGGAAGCUGGUGAGGUAGAGCCGGAUCCAUUGUCACGCCAUGACAGCCACGGCAACCGCUCCACGCACUCUGGCUUCGACGACCUCCUAAGUCGAGAAGAUAUUCACAGCCGGCUGAUGAAGCGCUACAAAGAUGCACCAUUGAGCUGGUACCUUCUGACGUUCCUUUCCAUGACAGCCGUCGGCAUCUUCAUCGUCGAGUACUACCCCAUCCAUCUACCUUGGUACGGGCUUCUCCUGGCUCUCGCCCUUGGCGCCAUUUUCUUCAUCCCCAACGGUAUCAUCAUGGCCGUCACAAACCAGCACAGCAGCAUUUACCUCAUCUGUCAGUUAAUCUGCGGCGUCGUCUUCCCCGGGCGUCCCAUCGCCAACAUGGUCUUCGUCACAUACGGUUACAUCUCCUCGGCGCAGGGCAUCAAGUUUGCUGCGGACCUUAAGCUUGGCCACUACAUGAAGAUCCCGCCCCGCAUAAUGUUCAUGGUGCAGGUCGUUGCCACUUUUGUGUCGUCUGUCACGCAGAUUGGCGUCCUCAACUGGAUGUUUAUCAAUGUCGGGGGCAUCUGUACCGCCGAGGCGGUCAAUGGCUUUACCUGCCCCAUCGCGCGAGUCCACUUCAACGGCUCCAUUCUCUGGGGCGUUGUCGGGCCCGGCGAGUUCUUCGGUCCCGGUGCCAUUUACCGCGCCCUUGUCUGGUGCUUCCCGCUCGGCGCGCUGCUGCCCAUCCCGCUGUGGUUGUACAGCCGCCGCCGUCGGGGCAGCGUCGUCCGCAAGAUCAAUCUCCCCAUCAUCUUUGGGGCUAUGGCCUGGAUCCCGCCCGCCACCGGUCUCAACUUCUCCGUCUGGGCCCUCGUCUGCUACGUCUUCAACUACGUCAUCAAGCGCCGCGCCGGCGCUUGGUGGGCCAAGUACACCAUGACCCUCAGCGCCGCACUCGACUCCGGCCUCGCCUUUGGCAUCGUUGUUGUCUUCUUCGGCUUCAUCUACCCCGGGUGGAUGACCAACUUUCACUGGUGGGGCACCGAGGUCUAUAAACAGGGCUGCGACUGGCAGGCCUGCUCUUACAAGACGGUGCCCGAGGGCGGGCACUUCGGGCCGCCUGAGUGGUGA